ACUAGUACUAUUACUCAAGUGAAAGAUGUGAGCACUUCUUCCUGAAGUGUUUGGCACAGACAACCUCUCAGGGGUGAGUGUGUGUGUCCUCAGCAGUCCACGCCCCUGGAGCUGACAGCAGCUCCAUGCCUGCUCCGUGUGGCCGUGGCCGGGGAUACAGGAAGGCUGGCGGACAGAGAGGGAGGGGGCCGGCGCACAUCAUGAUCCCAAAGAUCACCGCAUGAGAGACGACCACUCGGAUCCUCAAGUCCGGACCUCAUCGAAGAGAAGGCAUCAUGAUUCCGGUGAUGGAAUUCCGGCAGUUCUCUGAACAGCAGCCAGCGUUCAGAGUCCUGAAGCCUUGGUGGGAUGUGUUCACUGACUACCUGUCUGUAAUCAUGCUCAUGAUUGGUGUGUUUGGAUGCACCCUUCAGGUAAUGCAAGACAAAAUCAUAUGCCUUCCUCAGAGAAUAGCAUCGCCAUCGGAUAACACAAGUGGAGGGGAACUGAAGUCACUGGUACCCCUUCAAACCAACAUUUCAGCUGUACCCAGAGAAAUGAAAGGCCUGAAAACUGAUCUGGAUCUUCAGCAGUACAGUUUCAUCAAUCAGAUGUGUUAUGAGAAGGCUCUUCACUGGUAUGCCAAGUAUUUUCCCUAUUUGGUUCUCAUACACACUGUUGUGUUCAUGGUGUGUAGUAACUUCUGGUUCAAAUUCCCUGGCUCGAGCUCAAAAAUAGAGCAUUUCAUCUCCAUGCUCAGCAAGUGCUUUGAUUCUCCGUGGACCACACGAGCUUUGUCUGAGGUGUCCGGGGAAAAUACUGAAGAGAAGGACAGUAAAAAGACUAGUACUUCUAGGUCCACCAUCACUGUGUCUCCUGGAGAAGGAGAUUUGGAAAAGACACAGUCCCUCCGGUCUAUCCCAGAAAAGAUUGUUGUCGAAAAGCCAUCUGCAAGUGUUCUUGAUAAAAAAGAGGGUGAACAAGCUAAGGCUCUUUUUGAAAAGGUAAAGAAAUUCCGUUUGCACGUUGAAGAGGGAGACAUUCUUUACCUUAUGUAUGUUCGUCAGACAGUGGUCAAGGUGUUCAAAUUCCUCUUAAUCAUUGCCUAUAAUAGUUCUCUAGUGAAUAAAGUGCGGAACAGAGUACGUUGUGAAGUUGAGAUCCAGGACAUGACAGGCUAUAGAGAGUUUGAAUGUAAUCACACUAUGGCUCAUCUGUUUUCUAAGCUUUCCUACUGUUACCUGUGUUUAGUGGCUGUCUAUGGAUUAACAAGCCUUUACACCUCCUACUGGCUGUUUUACCGCUCGCUGAAAGAAUACUCCUUUGAGUAUGUGCGGCAGGAAACAGGCAUCAAUGACAUCCCCGACGUGAAGAACGACUUUGCUUUCAUGCUCCAUAUGAUUGAUCAGUAUGACCCACUGUACUCUAAAAGAUUUGCAGUUUUUUUAUCUGAGGUCAGUGAGAACAAAUUGAAACAGCUCAACCUUAACCAUGAAUGGACUGCAGAGAAACUGCGUCAGAGACUCCAGACUAAUACCAACAACAGACUGGAACUCCAGCUGUUCAUGCUGCCUGGGUUACCCGACACUGUCUUUGAGUUGACAGAGCUGCAGUCACUCAAGCUUGAGAUCAUCAACAAUGUCACCAUACCUGCCUCGAUCUCUCAGCUGGAAGACUUGCAGGAGCUGUCUCUUUACCAAUGCUGUUUAAAGUUGCACACAACAGCUACCUCCUUCCUCAAAGAAAACCUAAAAGUGCUUCGCGUGAAGUUCGAUGAUAACAGGGAACUUCCACACUGGAUGUAUUGCCUGCGCAACUUAGAGGAGCUCUCUCUCACUGGAUCACUCAGCCCCGAUGCCUCGAAGAAUAUAGUUCUUGAGUCGCUGCGGGAGAUGAAGUGUUUGAAAACUCUUUCCCUUAAAAGUAAUUUGACCAAGAUUCCUCAGUCAAUAGUGGAUGUUUCCAGCCAUCUGCAGCGACUGUACUUACACAAUGAUGGCACAAAGCUGGUAAUGCUCAACAACCUGAAAAAGAUGACCAAUCUGAUUGAGCUGGAGCUAGUGCGUUGUGACCUGGAACGCAUCCCGCACGCAGUCUUCAGCCUCACCAGUCUGCAAGAGCUCGAUCUGAAAGAAAAUAACAUUCGCUCGAUAGAGGAGAUUAUCAGUUUCCAGCAUCUGAGGAAACUCACUUGCCUUAAACUUUGGUACAAUGGCAUCAUGUAUAUCCCUGAGCAUAUCAAAAAGCUUGGCAGCCUAGAGCGCCUCUACUUCAGCUACAACAAGAUCGAGGUAUUGCCAUCGCACUUGUUCUUGUGCAACAAGCUGCGGUACCUGGACCUGUCCAACAAUGACAUCCGAUUCAUCCCUCCAGAAAUUGGAGUCCUUCAGAGUCUACAGUAUUUCUCAGUCACGUAUAACAAAAUCGAAAGUCUACCAGAUGAGCUCUUCUUUUGCAAAAAGCUCAAGACGCUAAAGCUAGGAAAGAACAUGCUGUCUAUACUUUCGCCAAAAAUUUCCUACCUAGCACUACUGACAUAUCUGGAUCUCAAAGGCAACCACUUUGAGCACCUGCCACAAGAGCUUGGUUACUGCCGCGCUUUGAAGCGCAGUGGCCUUAUAGUGGAGGAGACAGUGUUUGAAACUCUGCCUUCAGAUAUCAGGGACCAGAUGAAGGCUGAGUGAGAUGCCUUAUUGUAGCCACAGUGCCUGCUGUUGGGUCUGUCUACCAACUCAGAAUCCUUAUUUUGUAUUAACUCAUAACCAAACCUAAGUAUUACGCUACUGUUAAGUUAAGCUAAGUUGUUUUCCAGUUUCUUGAUGGAGGGAAAAUAACGGAUUGUAUGUUGUCACAUUCAGUGUGGCUCCAUAGGGGGGCAUGUUCUGGUAUUAAGUUUGGACACAUUAUUCAGCCAGAAAGCCUUCUUAUACACAUAUUUUUACAUUUUGGGAAAUACAGUCUUUCUCUCUUAUAAGAUUGAUAUCAAUCUCAUAUUUGUACGUUAAACAUUAUGCUCCAACCAGCAGCUGAUUCGCUUUGCACAAAGACCAGAAAGCACGAGGAAAUCUAGCCUGGCUCAUUCCAAGGGUUAAAAAAAUACAUCUGCAGCCCCUCUGAGGUUCAACAGACUGUUUGUUUAGGCACAAAAAACAAACCAAAACAAAGAACGGUUAGGUUUUAUGGGGACAUAACAUUAAUUACAUUGAUUGUUGCUGUACAUUGAUUUUCUGGAGUCCCUUAAUCAGUGAGUUUUGAGGUGCUGUGGAUUUUCUAAAAACAUAACUGUCUACUAGCUGUAGCUUCAUAUUUAGCAUACAAGCUUGAAACAGUAUCAAUCUUUUCAUCAAACCCUUCAUCAAAAGAAUAUUUCCCAAAAUGUCCUUAAAAAACACAUUUCUUGUCAUUGCCUCAUUAAACCAGUGCAUUACUGAAUGUAAAUCCAAACAGAAGACCUCACUUAACGUUAGGCGAGUAGCCUUAUGCUGCAUUCUGUAUAUUUUUUAUUGCCCUAAUGAUAACCUUUAUUUUCUUCAUGAGACUGUUAGCUAAUAUGGACAAAAGCAGGGCAAAUGCAAAAAACAAAGGAUACAUCUUUAAUAAGAACAUGUAAUAACUUGUCUAAUCGAUUCUGUGUUAUAGAGAGAUGCCAUUUUAAAGUGUAUUAAACUUAAAGGCCUAUGUCAUACUAGUAUCUUUCUUCAGUUCCUGAAAUGUGCACAAGGAGAAUGUUGCCUAUUAAACGUGUAUUUUUAUAAAGAGUAUUGUAUGCUGUUUAUAAAUAAAAUUUGAUAUACUU